AUGCUGUCGCUUUACUCCGUCCUGAAGCCACCGCGGUUUGGUAACUGUUCAGCUUCCGAGAAAGAACAGUACGGCGUUGUGACCUUGGCUGACUUAAAGAACGCAUAUAACAGCUCGGCAUCGAAGGAACUGAACAAGCUGGACCAGCUGAAAGAGCGGCUCGACGGCCUAAUCGACGAAGGGAGCUGGGAGUGCGAUGAAGUGUUUGAGUAUGAUAAUAACGAUGCAAGUGUUGUUGAGUGUAUAAUUUAUUAUGUUACAGGGUUUGUAUCCAGGAAAAUUUUCAAUCAGACCUCCUGCACUACGUGCAAGAAAGCACUGGAGGGUCAGAAAGGCUCGUCAAAGGUGCCCGAAGCUGAGCUUGUUAAUUGCAAAACAAGGGGCAGACUCACGCACCCUAACAUGCACCUCUAUCGGCUUUUCAUGGAAGCUGAAGAACAUUUCUCUAAAUACGCAAAUCUGGGAGAUGCCUACGACAAAACAAUUGAUGCUGUACUAGAGAAGUUCACUUUCCCUUGUACUAUCCACAGGAAGGACAUUCUCGCCAAGCUACUCCAUUAUUAUAUAAGCCUUCGUAUGCGUCAAUACUGCCGUCAGUUGAAACGCAAGCACGUUGAAAAAGGCCAGGACUUGCGUAAAAUGUCCAAACUUGUGUGACCACAAGGAGCCGAGCUGAGUGUACUGUUUGUUAUUUUGAUUGUAUGCACAACAGUCGAAUUUAGGUGUUCCGUGUGUAAUAGUUUUGCAGUGACUAAUUUUUGCUUCAUGUGUGAAAUAAACACAUAAGUUUCUA